GACUAAAUGCCAAAAAAGGGAAAACAACUGGCCGUUAACAUUUCCCGCGGACCGUUCAAUGCUACCCAACGAUGCCGUUUUGUCUGUCCUUACCUAACUAUCGUAUCAGUCCACUCCUCCGACACGCCCCUCCGAUUCGUUGCCAGUCCGCACGUGUCAUCAUCGCCGGCGAGUCAAACAUGGCCGCCAACUCACUCCGAGUCGCCGCCGCUCAGAUGACCUCUAUCAACGACCUCGCCGCCAACUUCGCCACCUGCUCUCGCCUCGUCAAAGAAGCAGCUGCCGCUGGAGCAAAAUUGAUAUGCUUUCCAGAAAGCUUCUCCUUUAUUGGUGCCAAAGAUGGGGAUAGUAUCAAAAUAGCGCAACCUUUGGACGGUCCAAUUUUGCAACAGUACUGCUCUCUAGCAAGAGAAUCUGGGAUUUGGUUGUCUCUUGGAGGGUUCCAAGAAAAGGGGUCUGAUGAUGAACAUUUGUUUAACACCCAUGUUGUGGUUGAUGAUGCUGGGAACAUCAGAAGCACUUACAGUAAGAUUUACUUGUUUGAUGUGGAUAUUCCUGGUGGAAGGGCAUACAAUGAAGGCAGCUUUACAGAACCAGGGAAGAAUGUUGUUGCAACAGAUAGCCCGGUUGGACGCUUGGGUUUGACAGUUUGCUAUGACCUGAGAUUCCCAGAGCUAUACCAGCAGCUCAGGUUCCAACAUGAGGCACAGGUUCUAUUGGUCCCUGCGGCCUUCACAAAAGUAACUGGGCUGGCGCACUGGGAGAUUCUUCUACGUGCUCGUGCAAUUGAAACUCAAUGCUAUGUCAUAGCUGCAGCACAAGCUGGACAGCAUAAUGAUAAAAGAGAAAGCCACGGCGAAACUUUAAUUAUUGAUCCAUGGGGAACAGUUGUUGGCCGACUGCCUGAUCGAAUGUCAACAGGGAUUGCUAUAGCUGAUAUUGAUCUCUCUUUGAUCGAUUCAGUGAGAGAAAAGAUGCCAAUUGCCAAGCACCGGAAGCCCGUUGAGUUCUGGAAAUCUGCAUCUCUAUGAUUUGCGAGAUGGUUUGCCCUGUGUACUCUAUUACUCAAAAUGAUAUCUCAGAGCCAUUUUGAACUUCUGUCAGAUAAAGAAUAAUGCAGCAAAUUGAAUAUUUUGGAUGCUACCAUAGUGUCAGUUAUGGCCUUUCCCCUUUCACCAAUAAACAAACAUCAAUAUCAAUGUAGGAUCGAACUAUACAUUCUUCUACUUCAGCAUAUGGAUUGUUGUAUUAGACUGGUCUUACUUUAAGAGAAAAAGAAUACAUUUUUCGAGAGAAUAUGUUCAUAAAA